CGGGGGCCCGGUGGGCUCCGGCAUGCUGGCCGCGUUGGGGUCGGCGCUGGCGGCGCUGCUGCUGCUGCCGCUGCUGCUGACCGUGUGCUGCCCGUACCUGCUGCAGGACGUGCGCUACUUCCUGCGCACGGCCGGCCUGGCGCGCCGGGUGCGCGGCUACCAGGCGCGGAGGCCCGCGCGCACGCUGCUGGCCGCCUUCCGCGAGGCCGCGCGCCGCGCGCCGCACAAGCCCUUCGUGCUCUUCCGCGAGCAGACCCUCACCUACGCGCAGGCCGAGCGCCGCAGCAGCCAGCUGGCGCGCGCCCUGCACGGCCUCGGCCUCCGCCAGGGCGACUGCGUCGCGCUCUUCAUGGGCAACGAGCCCGCCUACGUGUGGAUCUGGCUCGGGCUGCUCAAGAUGGGCUGCCCGCUCGCCUGCCUCAACUACAACAUCCGCGCCAAGUCCCUCCUGCACUGCUUCCAAUGCUGCGGGGCCAAGGUGCUGCUGGCCUCCCCAGAACUACAAGAAGCUGUUGAAGAAGUGUUGCCAAGCCUGAAAAAAGAUGGUGUGUCUGUCUACUACGUGAGCCAAACUUCCCCCACAGACGGCGUCGGCUCUUUACUGGACAAAGUCGACGAAGCGUCCUCUGAACCCAUCCCAGACUCCUGGCGCUCAGAUGUCACUUUUGCUACUCCUGCUGUCUACAUUUAUACUUCUGGAACCACAGGUCUCCCAAAGGCUGCCACGAUCAAUCAUCGUCGCCUGUGGUAUGCAACCGGCCUGUCCAUGGCAAGUGGAAUCAGGGAAGAUGACAUCAUCUACACCACCCUGCCCUUGUACCACAGUGCAGCGCUGAUGAUCGGCCUGCACGGAUGCAUCUCCAAGGGUGCUACUCUUGCUUUGCGGAGCAAAUUUUCUGCCAGCCAGUUCUGGGAUGACUGUAGAAAAUACAACGUCACUGUCAUUCAGUACAUCGGUGAACUGCUCCGGUAUUUAUGCAAUACACCUCCGAAACCGAAUGACCGGGACCACAAAGUACGAGUAGCACUGGGAAAUGGUCUGCGAGGAGACGUGUGGAGAGAGUUUCUCAAGAGAUUUGGAGACAUACACAUUUAUGAGUUCUAUGCUUCCACUGAAGGCAAUAUUGGCUUUCUGAAUUACCCCAGAAAAAUCGGGGCUGUGGGGAGAUCGAACUACCUUCAAAGAAAAGUCGUAACUUAUGAGCUGAUUAAAUAUGAUGUGGAGAAGGAUGAACCUGUCCGAGAUGCAAAUGGAUAUUGUGUCAAAGUUCCUAAAGGUGAAGUUGGACUCCUGAUUUGCAAAAUCUCCCAACUUACACCAUUUAGUGGUUAUGCUGGUGGAAAAACACAGACGGAGAAGAAAAAACUGAGAGAUGUCUUUAAGAAGGGAGACCUCUAUUACAACAGUGGAGAUCUCCUAAUGAUCGAUCACGAGAAUUUCGUCUACUUCCACGACAGAGUUGGAGAUACAUUCCGGUGGAAAGGGGAAAACGUGGCCACCACGGAAGUUGCUGACAUAAUAGGAUUGGUUGACUUCGUCCAGGAAGUAAAUGUGUACGGGGUACGUGUGCCAGAUCAUGAGGGUCGCAUUGGCAUGGCCUCAAUCAAGAUGAAAGAGAACCACGAGUUCGAUGGAAAGAAGCUCUUCCAACAUGUGGUUGAUUAUCUGCCCAGUUAUGCCCGGCCUCGCUUUCUGAGAAUACAGGACGCCAUUGAGAUCACGGGAACUUUUAAACACCGCAAAGUGACCCUGGUGGAAGAAGGCUUUAACCCUGAGGUCAUCAAAGACCCCUUGUACUUCUUGGAUGACAGAGCAAACACCUACGUACCUAUGACAGCGCACAUCUAUAAUGCCAUAAGCACUAAAACUCUGAAACUCUGACCCUUCCCAGGAGGAUAACAGAGAAAUGUCCAGAAAGAAGCUGAAUGGAUCUAGUACAGCCACUUGACUUAAUCCAAUGUUAAUUUGAUGGAAGAUGAUACAGUGUAAUUGUUUUUUUAGGAAAUGAUAUGUAAAAGGGGGAAUUUUUUUAAUUACACCAGAACUUUCGCCAGUGAAGAGAUUUAGAGAUAAUUAUUUUUUCAAUGUGUACCUUCCAUUUGUAUUUGCAAACUGAGCUUGUUGGGAGGGAGGAGCCUUAUUUUUUUAAAUGUGUUU